UAUGGUUUUCAUUUUCCACAUUCUAAACUAAAUCAAUGUUACUUUGCAAACUUCCUUUCAGCCUUUGUAACAUCAGCAGUGUUGCAAAACGCUUGAAAACAUGCAGAAUCUGACAGAACUCCCAGGCAACACGACAUCCAGCAAUAACCUCUCUGUCAUUGUGAAGGUGUGUGUGGUGAUCCCACUCUUCAUUGCCUUCCUGUUCUUCAUCCUCCUGACGUUGUACAUCUUUGCAUCUCACAGGCAGUUCUUUGACAGCUCCCGUUAUAUCCUUUUCACCUACAUGCUGAUGAAUGACACCCUGCAGCUGCUCUCCUCCGUGUCCCUCUUCUUGCUAGCAAUGGGCGGGGUGCAGUUUGCAGUCGUCUACUGUGCUCCACUGCUGUUUGUGUCCACUGCUACCUUCCUAAACACCCCACUCAUCCUUUCCACCAUGUCACUGGAGCGCUACGUGGCCAUUUUCUACCCACUUCACCGUCCUGCCAUCUGGAGGCCGGAAUGGAUUUGGAUCAUCAUAUUAAGUCUGUGGUUCAUCAGCUGCAUCCUGCCCACUAUCGACUUUGUCUUGAUGCGGCUCAAGCCGGGUGUAGAUGUCCAUUCGACCCCUUUGCUCUGCAAGAACACUGUGCUCAAUGCUUCUCCUAUUCAAGCUCUGUUCAAAGUGAGCCUCAAUGGGAUCUUCUUUGCAGUGGUCGCUGUGGUCAUCCUCUUUACGUACAUUCGGAUCCUUCUGGAGACCCGUCAGAUGCGGCAGGACCGAGUGUCAGUAAGCAAGGCUCUGCACACAGUGCUACUUCAUGGGCUCCAGUUGCUCCUCAGCAUGAUGGCUUUCUCACAACCUAUCGCAGAACUCUUACUUGUCCAGCGUGUCAGCUUAUCUCAAGCAGAUAUGUCUUUCAUCUACUAUUUCUGCUUCAUUCUGCUUCCUCGCUUUCUGAGCCCGCUCAUUUACGGCCUUAGAGACGAGAGCCUUAGAAGCUAUGUGAAGAAAGCCAUGCCUUGUUAUGGUGCACGUAUUGACCCACAUAAAGAAGUCAAAAUGACUAAAUAA